GUACACACUUUCAGAGAGGUUUCAUUUCCAGUAAACAUCCCGUCAUAACAGAAGAAAGCACACCGCCCCAAUCAGUGACGAAAGUGAGUUAGCUGUGUUGGAUUAAAGUUUGGAAAACUGAACUGUGUGACUGUAACUGCAGAAACGCGGCACUGUUAUCAUGACAUCUAUUCUACAGGGGAACAACACUGACAAGGUGCGCUCAGUAUCUGUGGAUCUAAACACAGAUACCUCACUUCUCAUUGACAUUCCUGAUGCUCUGUGUGAGCGUGACAAAGUCAAGUUUACGGUUCACACCAAGACUACCUUAAACACCUUCCAGAAGUCGGAAUUUUCUGUGGCACGACAGCAUGAAGACUUCAUAUGGAUGCAUGAUACACUUGUGGAGACGGAGGACUACGCUGGUCUCAUUAUUCCACCUGCCCCUCCAAAGCCUGACUUCGAGGCUCCCAGGGAGAAAAUGCACAAACUUGGGGAGGGUGAAGCUACCAUGACUAAGGAGGAAUAUGCCAAAUUGAAGCAGGAGCUAGAGGCAGAGUACCUGGCUGUCUUUAAAAAGACUGUGCAGGUACAUGAAGUUUUCCUGCAGAGGCUCUCAUCCCACUCUGUCUUUAGCAAGGAUAGAAACUUUCAAAUAUUUCUGGAGUACGACCAGGAUCUAAGUGUAAGGAGGAAAAAUGCAAAAGAAAUGUUUGGUGGCUUUUUCAAGAACAUGGUGAAAACUGCAGAUGAAGUUAUAAUUUCAGGGAUAAAGGAAGUUGAUGAGUUUUUUGAGCAGGAGAAGAUUUUCCUUUUAGAUUACUUUACCAAGAUUAAGGAUGCCACUGGCAAAGCUGAGAAAAUGACACAGUCUCACAAAAAUGUUGCUGAUGAUUACAUUCAUGUGUCUUCAACAUUGAGCAGUAUAGGUGCUGAUGAAAAUACAGAGCUAAAGAAGCACUUGGAAAGGUUUGUAGAACUGCUUGAGAAGCUCAGGAAAGUAGAGGGCAGGGUGGCAUCUGAUCAGGAGCUCAAACUGACGGAGUUGCUGAGAUACUACAUGAGGGACAUUCAAGCUGCCAAGGACCUUUUAUACAGGCGAGCGAGAGCUCUUGCUGACUACGAGAAUUCGAACAAGGCUCUAGACAAGGCUCGUCUGAAAAGCAAAGACGUUGCACAGGCUGAAGAGCACCAGCAACUUUGUCUUAAGAAGUUUGACAUGCUUUCUGCGUCAGGCAAAAAUGAACUCACUAGCUUUAAGGGCAGACGUGUGGUGGCCUUUCGCAAAAACCUAAUAGAACUGGCCGAGUUGGAGAUAAAGCAUGCUAAGACCAAUAUAUCCUUAAUCCAGGGCUGCAUUGAGCUGCUAAAUAGCAAAUAAACACAAAACCUGCACUUGAUGAACAAACCGAAUGACAAAGGACAGUUGAUUAAAAAGGGAAUCUGAAUAAAUUUCUGAAAGUGCCAAUAAACUUGGGGGUUCCACAAGGACAAGACCACAUGCAAGAUGUCUUUAUCACACCUUCUUUGAACAGAAAAGUGUUGCAUUAUGUUCAGAAUAAAGCCUGUGUGUAUAUACCAA